GGGAGCAAGGGGGUUCUACUUCAACGUCGAAAAUGAACUCAUCUCAAAGGACACCAACAUGAAGAAGUGCUACCUCGAGCACUUUGUUAAUUUCAAAGGAGAAAUAGUGCAAGUGUGCUUGGACAAGGUAUCCUCCACUUCGGUGAAUAAGUAUAAUAUAUUGAUUAGCUCCUAUGGAGAAGACAAAAAAUGGAAAAUGCAAAACAAAGUACUCAGUAGCUAUACGAUAAAAAUACUCAGAUAUUUUUACAGCUUUACAAAUGGUGAGGAGCUAGUCGUAGUUUUUUGUUUUAACAAAAAUCUGUCGAUUCAACCAUACGAAUGCUUCAGAAGUGUUUCUGAUGAUUUAAAAACGCUGAAAACGGAGAAGGAUCACGACUUCGAAUGUCAUGAUGUUAACCUAGUAAGAGAGCAAAGUUACAUAUGGGACAUUGCCAAGCUGAGAGGUUACUACAUAGCUCCUCUAUCUGACGGAAAGGCUCCCCCAUGUACACUGUACUAUAUGUAUAACAACACAUAUUUGAUGCCGAUAGAAGUUCCAAAAAGCAUUGGGAAAGAGUACCACCGAGGGAAACUCUUCCAAUUAGACAGUAAAAGAUUGAUCUAUAACUACACUAAUGAGAAGGAAACCUACACAUAUGUGUUAUCUCACAAGGGAACAGUAAAGAAUUGCACACUUAUGUAUAUAAAAAGAGAUGAUAUGAAUGCAGGAUUUGUUAAACGAGGAAAUAAAUACUACUGUGAUGUAAACUACGACGAUUUAACAGUCGAAGGACAGGAUCGAUUUUUUACAGUUAGUAUAUAUAACGGAGUUAGACAAGACAUAAGAAAAUGCUUUUACUUAAGAUAUGAUAAGGUGUUAGAGUCUGUAAAUAUCGUUCAUAAAAUAGAGAGCGUUUAUGAGUAUAGCAAUUUUUCAUUAUACACACUGUACAUUAAGAAGGACAUCGAGAAAUACUUUUUGAAAGACAUGAAAUUGGAGUGCUACCUAGGAGAGGAUUUUUAUCUAACUCUCCACAUCAACUAUAAACCAAAUUUUAUUUUAGACAAUACUGAUGUAAACCAAUCUGUUGUAAAUCUCUACCCUAAUAAUAUUAUCUACUUUAAACUACCUGAUGCACGAUCUCAGAAUUUAUUAACAAAGGUUUCUUUCCCUCCGAAUACAAGAUAUAUCAAGGUAGAUGAUUACUAUUACAUCUUCAAGCUCCCUUCUUUUAUUUCUUCUCAGUCGACUACACAGAUGGUAUUUCUCAGUAACAAUGGAUCUCAUAAAACGCAGAAUAAAAAUGUCACUUUCCAUGCGGGUGGUGUACAGGAACCCAUUUUAGGUGUCGAUUUUUCUAGGAAAAAUAAUAUCUGUGCAUAUGCAGGAGUUGAAAAGAAUUGCGAUAAGGUAAAGGUUCAUGGGAAUAAAGUCAGCGUCACGGUUAAUAUGGGGGUGGAGAAUGAGCCAGCUAGCCAAAUCACUCUUGGUAUCAUUUGCCCUGUUAAUAAGAAGAACAAGAAUACCUGCUUCAACGAAAUUUAUGAUAAUAAGAAGAAGAUUUUCAUUAGGGAUUACCUCAAGGACAGCAAGGGGUUCCUCACGAUAUAUCCUAAGACCUACGUACACAUGUCCUCCCCAGGGGGGGAAGUCUUCGAGGAGUCCAUUCUAGUCCUCACACCUCAGUUCAUCGACCAGUACAAUGCCAACCGGGCCAAGUACAACAGCUCCUUCCACUGCAAGUGCUACGCGAACAACCGGGCCUACGAGGUCACCUUCAGCUUCGCCUA